AUGUGCAAGGAGGAACAAGUACGGAAGCCCGUUGAGACCAAAGUAAAUCCAGGCUUUCCCGAGACUGUUUUGAUACAACGGGAGAUCUGGAUUUCCUUUAUUGGUACUCUCGCUUCUUUAUCGAUAUUGUUGGCCGUGGUUAUAAUUAUACGGAAAUCCCCAUACGGAAGACAAACUACUCAGCCACAAGUCGGUGAACAGACAGUGAACACAGAGAAUCCAGCGACGUAUGAUGAUACAUUAGAACGACGUGAAGGAGGGGGGAGUAGUGGUGAAUACGAAACUCUGCCUUUUGGAGAACCUAGGGAAACCCGAAUGACCAAGUCUGGACAGUUUAUGAUGGACCGGAGUAAUGACAACAAGGAUCAAGGAAAUAUCUAUGAAAAUCUCCAGUCAACAAAGAAAUCUCUUUGAAAAUCUCAAACCGACAACUAAAUCCCAAACCAACAAGGAAAUCCCUGAGAAAAUCUUCAGUAAACAGCGUUGAGAGGAAAAAAAUACUUAUUCACAAAUUAAUGAGUUAUAUGUAUUCAGAAAGAACUGUCUUUUUUUAAUAUAUAGCAAAAAACAUUUUUACGAUUAUGGGAUUAACAGACCCGCUGAUGUUCAUGUAUAUUUCAUUAAUUUUAUGUAAAUUUAUUUGUAAUGUACAUAGCAUUAUGAAAUAAAAUUUGAAUACAGCAUUA